UGUUAUAGCUACGCAAUCCACAGGGGUUCCGAUGUCUAUUUAAAAUCCAGAGGACCCUCCCUCUCUCCUUUAAACAACAUUAUAUAUCACACACACUGCAUGCUAAUGCCAGCAAUUCUCAGUGAGCACUAAAACACAUCUUAAAAUUAGCUCAUUCCGGCUGACAAGGCAACAGAAGGAACAUAUCAUCAGAAUUUCCCCUUUGGCAAUACCUGCUGAUUGGGUCCUUAACAAAAAAGCAAACGGCUUUUAACUUUUAAUAUUUGGCUCCUCAGUUCUGCCAUCAGCACUCGCGAUAGAUUGAAAGACUCUUUUUUUUUUCUUGCGGUUGUUUCAAGAUUGAAAUAAAAAUCCACCAGCUAGUAGUUAUUUUCUUUCUUUCUUUCUUUCUUUUUUUUUUUUUUUUUUGCUUCACUCUUCAGUUCAGUUCUGGUGCGCGGAUGAGCGCGCAUGUUGGCGUUCUGCUGAAGAGGUUUUGCGAAACUUUAAGGAUGAUAUACCUUGGAUGUUUCCUGCUGCUGUGUGGGCUUACGCAUGUCAUAGCAAGCUAUCCCAUCUGGUGGUCACUAGCAGUAGGCCACCAGUAUUCAUCAAUAGGUACCCAACCUAUCCUUUGUGCCAGCAUACCAGGUCUGGUGCCAAAGCAGCUGCGCUUCUGCAGGAACUACGUUGAGAUCAUGCCCAGUGUGGCCGAGGGGGUAAAGAUCGGCAUCCAAGAGUGCCAGCACCAGUUCAGAGGCCGGCGCUGGAACUGCACAACAGUCAAUGACAACUUGGCCAUCUUUGGGCCAGUUUUGGACAAAGCUACUCGAGAGUCUGCUUUUGUUCAUGCCAUCGCCUCAGCGGGGGUUGCCUUUGCUGUGACCCGGGCUUGCGCUGAUGGUUCAGCCACCAUCUGCGGCUGCGACACACGUCACAAGGGCCCCCCCGGAGAGGGAUGGAAGUGGGGUGGCUGCAGUGAGGAUGUGGAAUUUGGAAGCAUGGUGUCCCGUGAGUUUGCAGACGCGAGGGAGAACCGCCCAGAUGCACGCUCUGCAAUGAAUCGCCACAACAAUGAGGCAGGAAGAACGUCCCUCAACGACAACAUGUUCCUGAAGUGCAAGUGCCAUGGUCUCUCAGGAAGCUGCGAAGUCAAGACAUGCUGGUGGUCACAGCCGGACUUUCGAGUCAUCGGUGACUACAUGAAGGACAAGUACGACAGCGCGUCUGAGAUGGUGGUGGAGAAACACAAGGAGUCCCGCGGUUGGGUAGAGACGCUGAGACCCAAGUACAACUACUUCAAACCACCCACAGAGCGUGAUUUGGUUUAUUAUGAAAGCUCACCCAAUUUCUGUGAUCCCAACCCAGAGACAGGCUCAUUUGGCACCCGGGAUCGCAUCUGCAACCUAACAUCCCACGGCAUAGACGGCUGUGACCUGCUGUGCUGCGGCAGGGGUCACAACACCAGAACUGAGAAGAGAAAGGAGAAGUGUCACUGUAUUUUCCACUGGUGCUGCUACGUCAGCUGUCAAGAGUGUGUGAGAGUCUACGAUGUGCACACUUGCAAAUAGACUUGUAGAGGUUCUCAAGAAUCUGGAAUUGUUUCACAGGUUUCUACCUGUGAAACAUGUGUCAUGUAAACACACACAAAUGACUGUGUGUUCUAUUUGGGGAUGCUACGCAGAGCUAGUCUUUGCCCAAAUCAGCUGAAAGUGUUGAACAUGUAUCCAUACUUCAUGAACUACCAUGCUUGUAUAAGUUCAUGGUCUAUGUUUUAAAAGGUUUUCAUGCUGAAGUAGGAACAAAGGACUGCUGACGAAUUAACAAACACCAUAUUGGUGUUUCUCUUUCAUGUCAAUAGUAGCUAUUUCUGUUAAGAAUUAAACAGCAAUGCCAUUGUUACCCUCAAUGUUUAAUCAUCUUUUGAUUUUGACAAAAAAAAAAAAAACUUUAAGUUACAAGAUGCUCAACAGCAUGCAUUCCCCUCUUUG